AUGGCACAAGAUAUAACGCCCUUCUCGAUAGCCAUCCCAGACUCUGCGCUGGAGCAGUUAAAGAACAAGCUUUCUCAAGCCACAUUCCCGUCCGAGUCCGACUUCUCUGACGACCGAGACUAUGGCGUAUCUUUGAGCGAUGUGAAACGUUUGACUGAAUACUGGAAAGAUGGCUUCGACUGGCGUGCUCAUGAAGCGAAAUUGAAUCAAUUUCCGCAAUUCACGACAAACAUUUCCGUGGAUGGGUAUGAAUCGUUGAACAUACAUUUUAUACACCAAAAAAGCAGCAGGCCCAACAGUAUUCCACUGCUCUUUGUUCAUGGAUGGCCUGGCAGCAUUGUAGAAGCAAAGAAAAUUAUUCCGUUACUUGCAGAGCCAAAAGAUGAUGAUGCACCGUCUUUCCAUGUUGUGGCACCGUCUCUACCAAACUUCGGUUUCUCCGACAAGGUUACAAAAAAAGCCUUUGGUGUUCAACAAUACGCGGAGACGAUGCAUAAGGUCAUGCUGAAGCUAGGAUAUGACAAGUAUGUGACACAAGGCGGCGACUGGGGCUUCAUGGUCACCCGUGCCAUCAGCCUUUACUAUCCCACGCACUGUCUCGCCACCCAUGUCAAUGUUAUUUGUGUCAGACCAACUCUCAGGCGGUCUUUUUGGCUUACUGCUCAAUAUUAUCUGGGCUUACUAUCCGAGGAUGAACAGAAGGGCGUAUUCCGCUCGUUCUGGUAUCUCAAACAUAGCUCGGGAUACAUGCUUCUGCAAAGUACGAAGCCUAAUACGAUCGGGUUUGCGUUGGCGGAUUCUCCCGUCGCGCUGCUGGCAUGGAUCUACGAGAAACUGCAAGAAUGGACGGAUGAGUACCCCUGGACAGACGACGAAAUCCUGGAGUGGAUAUCCAUAUAUUUGUUCUCCAGGGCUGGGGCCGCAUCCAGCUUGACGAUUUAUUACGAGCUAAUCGGGAAGCAGAAGGAUGAAAUAGCUAAAACGAUGGAGUACAUCCCCAAGGUCCCUCUUGGGGUAUCACUCUUUCCGAAAGACAUAUUCGUGCCUCCGAAGUCAUGGGGUGGAUACCUUGGCCCAGUAGUUUUCGAAACGACACAUAAGAGAGGGGGGCAUUUCGCUGCAUACGAAUAUCCUGAAGAAGUUGCAGGUGACUUGAGGCAGAUGUUUGGUAGACAAGGCGGUGCUGCCAAAGUCGCUCGUGUUUUUGAGUCUACCUGACAGAAUAUAUGUCUCCAGAUUUCAAGGUGGAUAUCUUGUAUGCAGAAAUACUAUUCAAUAUUAUUUUCUAUACAAUGAUACCUUUAUGCGGU